AUGGCAACACUUUCACGUACACAGCAAACCCUCCACUUAUCAGAUGGUCGACAACUAGGCUUUGCAGAAUAUGGAAGUCCAACUGGAAAACCCAUGUUUUACUUCCAUGGCUUCCCAUCGUCAAGACUUGAAGCACAGCCAAUUGAUGACAUAGCUCAACGAUGUGGUAUCCGUCUCAUUGCCCUCGACAGGCCUGGUUUUGGGCUAUCAUCACCCAACCCUGACUAUCGCAUUAUCGAUUGGCCCGAGGACGUUGCAGAACUUGCCAAAGCAAGAAAUAUAACUGAAUUCUCUGUCUUUGGGCUCUCUGGAGGUGGUCCCUUUGCUUUGGCGUGUGCCUUUGCCCUUCCCAAGCGUACACUCACCAGUGUUGGACUAUUUGCUAGUGCACCACCUUGGGAAGCCGGUGUUCAGCAUGUGGAUUAUUCUCGUCGCAUUCUGAGAUUCUGUGCGAUUAAUUGCCCGACGUUACUUACGGGAGCGCUGAAUGCUCUGAAUCAUGUUGUUCGAUGGCUUGUGUUGUCAGGGCCCGCGAUAAAAAGAAUCGGAACAUGGCUCGAUGCGCAAGACGCAAAGGAAAAACCUGGGAUCGAAAUCACAAAGUCACACGCUGAAAGAGUCGAGGAUCUUGUCAACAUGCUUCUUGACGAGCCAUUCCGUCAAGGUGCUAGCGGAACAGUGCACGAGACCAAACUCCUAACCUCUCAAGACUGGGGGUUCAAACUAGAGGAUGUUGACUACGACAAUGUUCAGAUCUGGCAUGGAGUCAAAGAUACGAAUGCACCUAUCGCUAUGAUCAGGUACAUGGCGGAGCAUAUACCGAACUGUGAGCUGAACGAGUUUGAGGAGGAUACGCAUUACACCAUGUACAAGCACAUCGAGCCAGCGCUGCGCAGUUUAAUGAAGGCUAAGGAGAACAAUUAG